CUCCACAGAGGCCAUUAAACAAAGUGCUUCUGAGGGCUGGGCUCUGAUGGAUGCCUGACUGAGUUGAGUAAUUUGAAGGAAAAUGCCCAAUUCUGGUCACACUGGCUUGGCAGGAGCACUGCCCCCACCAUGGUGAUACCUGUGCCAGAAUCCCAAUUGGGCAGGUGAGCUCCAGAAUUGUCAGCCAACUUACCACAGAACUGGCCAGGAAUACUUUGGUCUUCCCACAGUACACUGAGGGAGUUCCUGCUCCACUCCCUGUUUGCUCAGCAGUGGUUUGUCCCAUAACAACGUUCUGCAGGAUCUCAAGAACAGCAGAACGUGAUGCUUUGUCUUCAUCCAUCACUGGAGUCUCGCCUGGAAACGAAGCAUUGAGGAGGAGGAGUCACAAGACUUGGAAAGCAGGACCAAGGAAUUGUCUUCACACUGAGAUUUCUUGGCCACCUAGAGGGGGAAAACCUCCAGCAAGAGGGGAGGAGGUGAUGGCUGAGAGCACUCAACCUCACUGGGGUUUGGGGUAAAAUGGGACAGCACAGAUUUCACCAGGUGCCAGCAACCAGACAACCAGCGUGGGGGGUGUUUUAACUGGGAACAAAGAACAAAAAGCAAGGAAUUGGACUCAGCCUUAAUGUACUGAAAGGUGCAGGAGGGGGAGACAACUUGUGCACGGGUCUCCAGCCUUCCCAGGGCAUUGGAAGCAGCUACGGGGUCAGGUACUGAGCAGGACUUUUAUUGCAGCAAUUAGAGGUUAUUAAAACCAUUUGUGGGACACAGUGCACAGCUUUUUACAUCAUGAGACAAAGAGGUUGGCCAGAUGAAUCUUAACUGCAAAUUCAGACGUAAUUCAGAGCUGUCCUUGAAAGAGAUUGUGUUGUUCAAGGCAAUGCUGCAGGAGUUCCUGCAAUGGGCUUUGUAUCAUUCCAUCCUGGAUACUGUUUGCUUUUCUGCUAUAAAUAUUUCUAAGGAGAUGAGAGCAUUUUAAGGUACUGAAAACAAAUAGGAGCAAUUCUUGCCUACAGGAAGACAUCUGGUGCCUGUGAUGGUGUUCACGGGGCCGGGCUGAUAAGGGAACCAAAAGCUUAUCCCCGUGUUUGGGAAAUUUGUUUUGCUUUGUUUGCAGCUUAUUACCCCCUAAAGAUAAAAAGGACUAAGAACCUAUCACACAGAGGCUUUGCAGCUAAUGGGUUUGUAAUUGAGGGGGAAAGAUACAGUGUGUAAGUAAUUUUCCAGCCUGUACUUCCUUCCUCCACUCCAUUUCCAGCCGGUGAAUGGAUAUCCAGACAUUUUACUUAUCUGAACAGGCUGGUACUUACUGGUCCUGCUUCCUGCUGGUUAUGGAACAGACCCACUGGGUGAAGAUGGGAUUAAUUUGGGAGAGAGAAGGGGGUUGCAGGAACCUUCAGUAUUAAAUGUAACCUCCUGAUGAGCUCCUCCUUUUAGGGGUUCACAGCAAAGGCAUUACCUUGUAGACUGGGUUGUGUUUUUUAAAGUCCAUCCUCGCUCUUGCUUAGAAAAAGAGAAGUUUGCAAAAGGUGGAAGAAGCAGCAGAAUCCAGGUAAGCUGGAAGGUCAGUGAUUCAGCAAGGAAGCAAAGUGGGGGAAAAAAAGAAAGGAAGGAGAAGGAACAUGAGCCAAAAGGUAAGAGGUUUUCAAGUCUGCUAAAGAACCAACUCUAAAUCAAAUUAUAUUGGAUGGGGGGAACCCCAGACACCACUGUAACUGUAAUUGUUCCAGCCAAGAGGAACACAGAAAACCAGCAAUAAGAGGAAAGAUUUUAAAAAGAGCCUGCUGUAAGCAUUAGGCAAAUUAGAAACUCCAACUGCUGACAGAUUAGAGAAGUAUUCUGAGAACAGAGGUGUCCCUCGUGCUGAGCACAGUAAUCACCUGACCUAUGCAAUAUCAAAUGGGUGCAGUGGUAACUUUACUUGAUGGCAGAGGGAUUAUCUGCACAAACAUACCUUUUUCCUCAGCAGUGUGAGAGUUGCUUUUAUCACACACUCUUCUUUUACUGGGCCCACAGGACUUUCUCAGGAUCUCGUAGCGCUCAGUGAAACGUUGGAAGGGGAUCCUGGCAGACAAACACACAGUGAAUUCCAGGGAAGAGUCACCACUGUGGCAAAGAACUUAUCCUUUGGGGGUAAAAACUGCAGAAUGGCUGCACAGAUCCAGUGCAGGGAAUGCAAACAGACUGAUGCCUGAAGAGUCACCAACAGGCAAGAAACUACAAACUCCCAGUAGUGCCUGUAGCAAAGACUGGGCAGGAAUUGUGCUUGGAUAUGACAAUGAUGAGCUUCACCCCAUCAGUGCUGAGCUGUGACUAUCUCAGGCCUUGCUCUGCACCCUCUAAACGUGGUCAAGAAAGCCCAGCAAGGCUGUGAUGGGAUGCUGAGCUCUGAGAUGUCUACACUUAGAUAAAUGCCUUUUGUGAUUUAAUUUUAAUUGCUAAAAAUGUUGCUGUGAAGCCACGUUCAGUUAGAAAAAUUUUAGUACAUAAUAGUCCACAUCAAAACAUCUUUCUUCUCAAGCUGGAAAGGUACAGUGAGCUCUCAGACAGCUUUGAAAGCAUCAGUAGUUUUGAGGCCUAAAACAAAGUGCAAAAUAUUUGGGUUUCCUUGCUUAUAAGCUCUUCUGAAUAACUAAUAUGCCACUAAUUGCUGCAGAAGUGGGUUAUGCUCAAGAAGUCUGGACUCACCUGACAGGGAAUCCUGCUGCACUGAUGGUGAUGGCUUCGACUAUUCCACAUGCCUGCAGCUGGCUGAGAACCUGAGGCAUAAAUUGGGAUGGUUUAGGUGACACUCUGUGGGAGCUGCUCCUCUCUUGUGGUAUCCACACCCUGACUGACCGAAUGCAGCAGCACAUGAAAAGCCAGUGGGGGUAUUUUAAUACUAUUUUCUCCUUAUUAUUUUAACACUAUUGUGCACUCAGCAAAUUCUGUAAGUGUUUAAAGUCAAGGCAGCAACACUCCAGCUGCUUGUUUUCCCAUCAGAUGAGGGUCUCUAGUUACAGCUCUGCUCCCAAAGUCCUCAGCUGAUCUCAUCCAACUUGUCCUGCACUCCAGGAGCAAGCAAAGCUUUGUUUGGGAGAUCCCUGUGUGCCCAGGGCUGCUGAGCACUCAGAUCACCCUCAUCUGUUUGAGGGCUGGGAGGGCAGCACCCCAAAUAACCCAGGAGUGCCCUGGGAAGAGAACUUCUCCUACAGCAACACAUAAGUUGCACCUGGGAGAGCUGCUGUGCUCACAGGCUCUGUUCUGGACAAGCACCAUCAGUGACUCUGAAGGGAGGUUUUUCUCUGCAGCCUCAAAGGAGAAGCAGCUAUUUCAAAAUGUGCUGUGAGAGGAGCUUUGCAAUGCAAAGGCCCCACAACGUCUCCAGGAAGCUUCUCAGUGAGGAAAGGCUUUGGAAAAGUUACCUCUUCUCUUUUAAAAGUCCUGGCCUUGCAGUCAGCAUUGGGUUUGAUGCAGCGGAUGUAGUGUGGCGUGGUCCUGUUCAAAAUCUGCAUGAGAUGUUCCAGGGAGCUCUGCACAAAACAGACACAGGAGGGAUCAGGGACAACUCCACAGGGAGCUCAGCUCAUCAGGGGUCUUCUGUCAAACCCAGGGAGCUGUUUUUUUGCAAGGAUGGCUUUACAGACUCAGAGCAAUUCUACAGGGACAACUUGAGCAUAAAAAUCCACUCUGUGGAUGCUUUCAUCAAGUUGUUGAUGGUAAAUUCAGAAAGUUUCCAAAAUUAUAGCAGGGCCAUCCGUUGACACCAACCCCUCAAGAGGAACAGGUAAGAAGCAGCCUCAAAAAGGCAGGUGCCCAACUGUUAAAGGUAAAAUCAGAGGGAGUUAAGACCCAGACAAUAGCAGGAGUCUGAAGCUGUUUCUGUUUUACAGCUGUUUCAUUUUUACAUCAUUUACUGAUCUUCAUCCAGCUCCUGUUUUCUCAUCUAGUCACGAAGGCAGCUGUGGAAAGCAGGAAGCUGAAGAGGAUGUACCUUGAACUUGGACACCACUGUAACAACAGGUGCUCUGUUCUGGGUUUUGAUGUUAUUCUGGUUGUUUUCUGUCACAGGAAAUAAUUUUUGAAGCAGAGAGUCCUUAGAGUUCUGCAAAACAUGGACCAGCUCUGGUGGAACAGCAUCCUGCAAACACAGACAUGAUGUGUUAGAAUCUGGACUUGGGCGGACACUGCCACCUCUGCAAAUGACUGAAAAUUCCACAUAAAUAGAUGGAACAGUAUUUCUGAUGCCAGCUUUGAUUUCACCACAGCUGCAGUUCCAAAUCUGACUGUGUCCAUUCAUUCAUAGUCAAAUUUGGGAACAGAAAACAAUGUUUGCCUGAAUAUUUAGCAGAUCCAGUCAAAUGUGUGACUGCUCCCUCCAUUGUUCUUGUUAUUCAGCUUGAGUGAGCCAGAAGCCUCAGCUCUGGUUUAAAAGGACAGUCUGCAGCAAACGUUAGAAAGUCUGUUAGAAAUAUUCCUUUUAAUUAAGAGAUGGUGUUUCAUUGCAUCACCUAUUUUACUUAUUCCCUGAUGGCACAACGAGGCUAAAAUUUGAAUACUUCCAGAAUUUCCAGUAAAGUCCAUGCUCUUGUUUCUCAUAAACUCACCAGAUUUUUUUUAGGGGAAAUGAAGCACUCUGUUUAUGGUUCUAAAAAUGCCCUGAUGCCAUUAACAGUUCUGCAUCCCCAGGAAUGGGAGAGGCCCUGAUUUGGUGAUGGUCCACUUAAUCCUCAGCUGAAAGGUCUAACAAAGGAAUUGUUUGUGCCAGUGAUGGACUGAAAACCAGAGCAAGAACAUUACCCAGCUAUACAUGGCCUGAAGGAUUUAUUUGGAGCAAGGUCACAAGGCUGAGAUUCAUCCACUGGAUUAGAGAAUUGGAUGUUCCCAAGGUGGAGAAGGCCUGACAAUACCUGAAACACAAUCAAUAACUGAGGUUUUUAAAACAGCUCCCCUCCAAGGCAGUGUCCUCUGAGCCUUCCUUAACCCCAGGAACAGGACAAGUCAAAACAUUUCUGCACCAGAAGAAGCAAACACAUUCCAAGCUUCUGUGUGAAUCCCUAGUGCUGCAAUUCCUGAAGGAAAACUGCAGUUCACAGGUGGAGGCUUUUAGUUAAGAUCUAAUAUUUGGCUGUGCAACCCCACGUGUUGCUGCAGGAGCACCAACCAGCCCAUGCUCUGCACGGACACAGGUUUCCUUCUGCAGCAAUCCCACAGCAGGAGGACACUCCAAACCCCCCCAGCAGCCUCGUGGUGUCCCCUCUCUGUACCUGACCUUGAAAACAUUGCUCUGCGUGCAGCGCUCGAUGCCCAGGUGACACAUGGCAGCUCUGGUCACCUCGAAGCUGUCCUCUGCAAAGCCAAACAAGGGCUGGUUAAAACAGAGCCAGGCACACAAACACAGGCAAGCAGGACACUGCACAGCUCCAGCUCGGCUGGAAUUGUCACAGGACACCAAGGGAGCCAGAGGCAGUUGGGGUAAAUCCCCCAGUACAGGCUGGAGAACCCAGUCCCUGACUCAGUGCUGCCUCUGUGGCUCUGCAGUGAGGCAGCAGGUGCUGAAGCCCAUGCAGAGACAAGACAGUUUCAAAACACAGCCCCAGAGAUGCAAAUUCACCAGCCAGAAACAGCCAGGUUGAGUUUUAAGAUUUAAUAGUGCAAACUGAAACUUCAAAAGAGUCCCACUAAUGCAGGUGGCCCUGGGUGAUGGGAUUGAACAGGACAUAUUUUUGCCUGCCUUCCUUUAAAGUUCCAGCUGUUUUUAAUGGACAGUGAAACUCAUCUUUACCAUCCAAGUUUCUUUCAGGAUUUGGCAGCCAGCGGUACUCAGCCCCUUCUGGAAGGUUCCAUUCCAGCCUCUCCUCUGCAGUAGCACCUUUUGUGAUCUGGAGGCAGAAAACAAGGAAGGAUUUGUGGUCUGAGGGCAUCGGAGGAGCCGCCAGUGCUGUUGGAAAGGCUGUGACUCAGAGAAGUUUGUGCUGCAGCAGAAACGAGAUAGGCUGCUGUCCCCUUCCUGCUUCCUCUGGAAAACUGUGGAGCCAACCCAAGAGGAAGAAAGAAGAAUGUCCCAAAAACAGCUGAAGGAAGCCUUUAUCAGCAACCUGAACGGAACUAGUUUGCUGGAAAUUUCCGUGGGCUUGUCCCUGCCUCCCCUGUGCCUGCUCUGCAGAGGGCUCCUCCUGAUUCUGUACCACCUGCACUAUGGAAAACCCGUAAGUUCAAGGAAAUACAGCCUGCUGCUGGACUUCCUGGUGCUGGUAUCUCCUCUGCUCUUCUCCUGCACGGUCUUGUCUCCAGUCCUCUUUCUCGUGCCGGUUAUCCUUGCCGCCUUCUGCGCCGGAAUAUUUUCCAAAAUAUGCAGCCAGAGAAAGCAGGAGACCAGAGUGCCCUUUGGGCAAAUUGUAAAAGAGUUCCAGCAGACGUCCUUGGAUCCCGAAUACAUUCCAGCAAUAACCGUGUUCCGUGUCUAUGUCAAUGUGCUGACAACCAUCAGCAUUUUGGCCGUGGAUUUCCCGCAGUAUCCCCGGCGAUACGCCAAAGCCGAGACCUACGGCACGGGAGUUAUGGAUCUGGGGGUCGGAGCUUUCGUCUUUGGCAACGCUCUCGUUUGUCCUGAGGUUCGACAGAAGUCUCACGUGGCACAACCCAAGUUUUCCAACCUGGCCAGGCAGCUCUUUUCCGUUUGGCCCUUGGUUUCCCUCGGCGUGGGGCGACUGCUGAGCGUUAAAUCCAUAGAUUACCACGAACACACGUCGGAGUACGGAGUGCACUGGAAUUUCUUCUUUACCUUGGCUUCCGUGAGACUUGCAGCAUCUCUGCUUUUAGCCAUAUUUCCUAAAAAUAAGUCUUGGAUCGUGGCUCUAACUCUGGCUGCACUUCAUCAGCUCAUUCUCAACACUACCUCUCUGAAGACGUUUCUCCUGCACGGGAGCAGCGGCAGGGACAGCAGGGUUGGAUUUCUGGAUGCCAACAGGGAGGGGCUGGUCUCUCUCGUUGGGUAUCUGGCCACUUACCUGGCCAGUGUCCAGGUGGGGCUGUGGCUGCUGCAGUGCAGGAGCUCAGUGAAGGGCUGGCUCGGGGCACUGCGUGUCCUGGCCCUGGCAGUCGUGGUGCUGUUCGUGUCCCUCCACGUGUCCCAGGCGCGCGCGGACCCCGUGUCCCGCCGGAUGGCCAACCUCUCCUUCUGCCUGUGGGUCGUCGCCCACUCCCUGAUGUUAUUUAUCUUCUUUGUGGCCACUGACCUCACCUUGGUGCUCACAAAGCUGCUGGUGAAGGGCUCCAGCGUGCCCUGCAGCUGGAGCGUUGCGAAGCCCCCUAAUUCCAACAAAAAGCUCGGAACGGCGGCCGCGCCGGCGGGAAGGGAGGACGAGCUGCCCCACCCCUGCCUGAUCAGUGCUAUUAACAAAAACCAGCUGCUGUUUUUCUUGCUGGCAAACGUCAUGACCGGUGCUGUGAAUAUCCUGGUAGAUACAAUCCACAGCAAGGCUGCCUUUGCACUAUGCAUAUUGCACUUGUACAUGUUUGUUAACUGUUUAAUUAUGUCUAUAUUGCACGCCAAAAAUAUAGUAUUAAAGUUUUGGUGAUUUCCACUCUGAGUGGACUAGUUGGACUUUGCUGUAGUUGAAUGGUGGUAUAUGGAAAAAUUAGUAUUUUUCCUGCGUGUAUUACAAAAAUUAGUAUUUUUCCUCCCUUUUCCUGUAUUGCAAUAAUUUAUAAUUUAGUAUAGAUCUUUAUCAUUUAGUACUGAUUAUUUUUUAUUGGUCCUCGUUACCAGAUUAUACAGUCAAUGCUGUUACCUGUUGGAAGUUGUUACACGCUUUCCUGAAAACUUAGUUUUUGAGAUUGCUGAAUAUUCCUGCUGCUCCUAGGAGUGAAUUGUAUUUACAGUUAGUGAACUGUGCUCAUACCUAAGGGCUGGUGGAAUUAGGUAGCGAUGUAUGGAGGAGAAGCCAGAUGAAAAGUAAGAAAAUGAGUAAUUAUAUAUAGAGAGAGGCUUAGCUGUGUCAAGAUUUACGUAGUUAAGGCCCUUGAAUAAAUAAUAGAUAAGAAUAAUUCUUUAUACAAAAUAUAUUGAAUAAGUGGAUACUUAAAAAUAUUUUUGGCCCCAGUCCUGCAAAGAUUUAUGCAUAUGCUUGACUUUGAUGGUAGUAAUUGUAUGUGGAAUGUUAAUCACAUACCGAAAUCUAAAUUAGCCUUUGAAUUAAAGCUAAAUUUUAUUUCCA